UCUCGCUAGUUACCAAGAAAACGAAAGCUCUCAAGCGAGCACGCAUAGAGAGAUUAUGGACUUGUUGGUCUUGAUGUUGGGACUCUACCUCUCUUGGGGGCUGCUCCAGGCUCUCGUCUACAUUGCAAACAGAGUUAAAAUGGGCCAAGGCGGGAAGCUGCCUCCAGGACCGAGGCCGCUCCCAGUGAUCGGGAACCUCCUCGAGCUUGGUUCUUGACCCCACAGGUCCCUAACCAAUCUUGCCAGUGUCCACGGCCCGAUCAUGAGACUGAAAUUGGGCCGUGUCACCACCAUGGUCAUCUCCUCGGCCCCAAUGGCACGAGAGAUCCUCCAGACCCACGAUGUCUCCCUCUCCAACCGCCACAUCCCCGAGUCCAUCACCUCCCUCCGCCAUCAUGAGCUCGGCCUACCUUGGGUCCCCGUCUCUGAUCCACUCUGGAAAAACCUCCGCCGGAUUUGCAAUGUGCACCUGUUUGCACCAAAGACGCUCGACUCAAACCAACACCACCGCCGCCGAAAAAUCCAGGAACUCCUGGUGCACAUGGGGAAGUGUAGUGAGAAGGGAAGCUCGGUGGACAUUGGCGAGGCGGGGUUUAAGUCUUCACUCAACCUGAUGGGGAACACGAUCGUCUCCAUGGACCUGGCAGACCCCAACUCUGAGUCGGCCAAAGAGUUCAAGGAGUCGGUGUGGCAGAUCAUGGUGGAGGCAGGGAAGCCAAACUUGGCAGACUACUUCCCGGUGCUCAAGAGGGUGGACCCACUGGGUGUGAGAAAGAGGAUGACCGGUUACUUCGGGCGGAUGUUCGAUGUUUUCGAUAGGAUCAUCAACGACAGGCUGCAGGACAGGGAGAUCUCAGGCUUUGUGAGGAAGAAUGACAUGUUGGAUGCUCUUCUUGACCUUAGCGAAGAUAAAGAGGAGGGCAUGGAUCUGUUUCUCAUGAAGCAUCUGUUCUUGGACCUUUUUACCGGGGGGAGUGAGACCCCUUCAAGUACGUUGGAGUGGGCAAUGGCCGAGUUGCUGCGUAAUCCUGAAAGGUUAUUAAAAGCUCAGGCCGAGCUUGAACAGGUGAUUGGUAGGGGCAACGCUGUCGAGGAAUCUGAUAUUGCUCGACUACCGUACUUACAAGCAACGGUAAAGGAGACCUUGCGGAUGCACCCGCCGCUCCCACUGCUAGUCCCCCGUAGGGCCGGAGCGACAGUGCAGGUCGGCGGCUACACCAUCCUGGAGGGUACCCAAAUCCUGGUCAAUGUCUGGGCCAUUGGCAGGGAUCCGGCCAUUUGGAAUGACCCGGACGAGUUUAUACCAGAGAGGUUCUUGGGGCAGCUGGACAUUGAUGUCAAGGGACAAAACUUCGAGCUCUUGCCGUUUGGCAGAGGACGGAGAUUAUGCCCGGGGCUGCCAUUGGCCAUGAGAAUGUUGCACCUGAUGCUCGGUUCACUCCUUAACUCCUUUGAUUGGAAGCUCGAAGAUGGGGUUUAUCCGGAGACCAUGGAAAUGGUGGAGAAAUUUGGGAUCACCGUACAAAAGGCGCAGCCUCUCAGAGCCUUGCCUUUACCGAUCAAGAAAUAGUUUCUAGAAUGAGAAACUUAUGUGUAUUGUCUGAGGUCCUCUAUAAGUGUCGACUCACGGCAUUGUUCUUUGAAGGGACUAAGGUCUCGGACUACAUGAUAAAUUUGGCAUCAUUAAAGGCUUCGUAUAUAUGUCCUAUGCGGCAUUUUUAAUGGAUC